AUGGCGCCGAUCGAACCUAAGUUUCUGUCAGAGUUUCCGUUCACCUCUCAGUCCAGUAAUUCCGAAUUUUACGUACCUCCUCGUCAAAAGUUACUUUGUUUGCUGCCCUGCAUCGGCGAUAUUCUUGCCGAGGGAGCGCUGCACACCGGACGGUCACUUUCCACUGCCGAGUGUGAGUGGCUCCUGUCGACCACGACGACGACGGCCGGCAAUGCGCCACCAGACACCCUGUGA